UCGUAGUCCCUUCACUCGCUUCCGCGUUUUCUCGGAGCCUGGACUUUCCUGCGCGGGUUCUACUCAGGUGAGUUCUUCCUGCCUCGGCGCGCCGAUCCUGGCCCUUUGUCGUACUCCCGUGUAGCAGUUGAGGAUCUCCAUAUCACUCUCCCACGCAUUCCGGAGAAGCCAACUGCUCCCGGCCCGCCCGGAACCCGCGAUGCCCGCCCCGCAGUGCGCCUCCUGCCACGCGGCGCGCGCUGCCCUCCGCCGCCCGCGCUCCGGUCAAGCGCUGUGCGGGGCCUGCUUCUGCACCGCCUUCGAGGCCGAGGUGCUGCACACGGUGCUGGCGGGCCGCCUGCUGCCGCCCGGCGCGGUGGUGGCCGUGGGGGCCUCCGGCGGCAAGGACUCCACGGUGCUGGCGCACGUGCUGCGCGAACUAGCGCCGCGCCUGGGCGUCUCGCUGCGCCUGGUGGCCGUGGACGAGGGCAUCAGCGGCUACCGCGACGCGGCGCUGGCGGCCGUGCGACGCCAGGCGGCGCGCUGGGACCUCCCGCUCACCGUCGUGGCCUACGCAGACCUCUUCGGGGGCUGGACCAUGGACGCCGUGGCCCGCAGCACGGCCGGCUCCGGCCGCAGCCGCGCCUGCUGCACCUUCUGCGGGGUGCUGCGGCGCCGCGCGCUGGAGGAAGGGGCGCGCCUCGUGGGAGCCACGCACAUCGUGACGGGCCACAACGCCGACGACAUGGCAGAGACCGUGCUCAUGAACUUCCUGCGGGGCGACGCGGGGCGGCUGGCCCGGGGCGGGGGCCUGGGCUCGCGGGGCGAGGGGGGCGCACUGCCGCGCUGCCGCCCCCUGCAGCUGGCCUCGCAGAAGGAGGUGGUGCUGUACGCGCACUUCCGCCGCCUCGACUACUUCUCGGAGGAGUGCGUCUACGCGCCCGAGGCCUUCCGCGGCCACGCGCGCCACCUGCUCAAGCUCCUGGAGGCGGCGCGGCCGUCGGCGGCGCUGGACCUGGUGCACUCGGCCGAGCGCCUGGCCCUGGCCCCGGCCGCGCGGCCGCCGCCCCCCGGCGCCUGCUCCCGCUGCGGGGCGCUGGCCAGCCGCGCGCUCUGCCAGGCCUGCGCCCUCCUGGACGGCCUGCAGCGCGGCCGGCCCCGCCUGGCCAUCGGCAAGGGCGGCGGGGCGCGCGACGAGGAGGGGCCGCCACCCCCGCCGCCCAGCGACCCCGGUUCUGCGCCGGGCCCCGCCGACGGGGAGUGCGGGGCGGCCUGUAAGGAGCGCUGCGAAUAAACCCCCUCCGCCCGGGCUUCGGUGUGAGGUUGGGAGGGGGACGGACGGGACCGGUUACCGGUGACCCCGCAGAAGCUGAGGCCUGGACUCCUGGGACUGAGGUAAGAGGGGUUGGGACGUGGACUCUUGGAUCUAAAAGAGAAGAGAACUGAACAACUUCCCAUUCCCAACCAGUGGAAAUUAGGGGGCUGCUUACUUAGUACUCUGCCCAGUUCUGGGCAUGCUCAGGAUAGUCCAAGCCUUCUUGAGCACCUACUGUGUGUCAUGAUUGGCUGUAGGUGAGAUUAGCAAAACCACUUGACUUGGUGGGCUCUGGUCAUUUACAGUAACCACGAUGCUUAUCUUUGAGCGCUGUGCAUCCUGCAGACGCCACAAGGUCUCAUUUCAUCCAAACCACACACGAUCUCAUUGGCCUGAGGUCACCUAGCUGGAGAUGGACAGAACUGGGGGCCCCCACCCAGACCUGCACCUGGAGCUCUUCAAGACGGUGGAUUUGCUCCCCACCCCACCCCCCCAAAAUCUCUCCUAGUGUCUCUGCGUGAUGGGUGAGGAGCAGCUGGGUGGGCUCCCCAGACCUCAGAUUAUGGAGGCAGAGCUGGAUGAGCCUGGGUCAGUGACUUAACCUUUCUGGUCUUCGGUUUCCUCCUCUGAAAUGGAAUUACACCCCUCCACCCCCCAUCAAAGCGCUGUUGUGAGGAUUUGAUAGUGUGCUCAAUAUAUGGUGGCCAACUUUGUGGGUCAUAUUACAUUAUGGCCACCAGGGGGCUCUGGGUUUCAGAUUUGCUACCCUGUGCUUCCAAGAGGGUGUGAGGCCCAGAAAAGCUUCCAGCAGGACCCCUGGGGAGAGACUUGGCUUUCUCAGUCCCCCCUCCAAGGGGGGGCCUGGCCUGGUCCCUUGUCAGGAAUGCCCUCUCUUUGCCGUCUUCCUUCUCAAAUCCUCCAGGGUAUUUCUAGAAGCCUUCCUGUCUCUUCUCACCUGCCCAGCCUGGGACAUAGGAUUCUUCCCAAGUCCCAGCCCCCAGCUCCUGCCCUCAUGUGCCAUCCACACUCUGGUUCUUGUUCUCCCUAACUGGACUGAGGUUUGAAGGCGGAUCUCCCACCCCACCAGAUAACCAACAUCAUUUAUUCAAUAUGUACUGAAUCCCUAAUGUGUGCAGGGGCAUUUCUAAGCAUUGUUGAA